AUGGCAGAAGUGGAUUCAUCAUCAACUACAACUACUACUACAACUACUUCUACUACAGAACAACAAAAUGGUUUAAAUAGAAUCAAAAUGGGUGAUACUAUCAUCUUGAAUAUAAAUAAUGGUGAUAAUUAUAAAGUUGUUAAACUUGUACAAGGAUUACAAUCACACGUUGUAGGUAAAUGUAAAAAGGUAGAUUUACUUCAAUUAAUCGGUAAACCAUUUUACUCUACCUAUCAAGUACUACCAAAUGGUACAAUGGAAAGAACCAAUCAAAAGGAUAUCGAAAAAGAAUUGACUAAUCUUAUUCAAACAACGAUUGAUGCAGAUAAUAGUAAAUUAACCAAUUUAAAUACAACACAAAAGUUGACAGAAGAUGAUAUUGCAAAGAUGAAACAAAAGGGGUCAAGUGCAUCAGAGAUUAUCAAGGCAUUGAUUGAAAACUCUGAUUCCUUUCAUACAAAGACAGAGUAUUCACAAAUGAAGUAUCUCAAGAAAAAGAUGGGUCGUCAUUCCACAGUUGUCAAGAUUCUCAAACCAACUUCAAAGAAUCUUAUUGAAUCUUAUUAUACAAAAGAUCCAAAGAAAAUUUGUAAUAUUAGAUUUGAUACAUUGGGACAAUUAUUAACACUUGGUAAUGUAAAGGCUGGAUCAAAUAUUUUGGUUGUUGAUUCGAGUAUGGGUUUGGUUACUGGAUCGGUCAAUGAACGUAUGAAUGGUGAUGGUGUUGUAUUGUCGGCCUAUUUGGGAAAGGGUCCAUCCUUGUCAAUCGUUCAAAACUUUGGUUUCUCUCCCGAGGUUGAACAAUGCAUCAUUCCAUUUGAUUUCUCUUCAAUCAACAAAUUAAAUUUAAAAGAACCUGAAUCUUCAAAAGAUUUAAAAGCUAUUAAUUAUUUAAAACAAGGUGUUGAUAGUUUAAUUAUAGUUUCAAAAUAUUCACCAUUAUCAUUAAUAUUAUCAUGUUUACCAUAUUUAAAACCAUCUGGAUCAUUUGUUAUCUUUUCACUUUACAAACAACAACUUUUGGAAUGUAAUCAACACCUUUCAACAAACAAAUUGGCUGUCAAUUUGACAAUCAAUGAGAUUUGGAUGCGUGAACAACAAGUACUUCCAAAGAGAACUCAUCCAAUGAUGUCUAUGGAUGGUGCAAGUGGUUUCCUUUUAUCUGGUAUCAAGGUUAAAUCAUUGACUCACGAUGAAAAAUUAAACAAACAACAAGAACAACAAAAACCAAGUGCAAUGAAAAUUGAUCAAGCCGAAAUUGAAGAAGAGGAAAAAGAUGAAAAGGAAAAUGAAAAGGGUGAAGAACAACCUUUAAAAAGAAAACGUGAAGAUGUUGAUGGUGAUGAUGAUAAACAAUAA